AUGUCUCUUGCAGCAUUGCCAUUGCAUCCAUCAAAGUUCGUGGCGCGCCUGGAGUACAGCCGCACCGACGAGGCAGAAGCGGCACUGCUGAUAGGCCAAACCGCAAAGGCGGUACUCCUACGCAUCACCACCAACGGCCUGUCAACUACAUCGUGGCGUCGGCUGGUCAUCGUGGCUCGUUUGUGGGCACCGGCGACGCUGGAUGGGGAAAACUCCGUGUCGGCGAUGUUGGUGGCCCGACAGCCUGCGAGAGCCGUCCAGCCACCAACGUCGGCCCUUCGGCAGGCCUGGACUUUUGUGGCUGCGAUGUGGCGCUCCAACAGAUGCUCGCCGCUGACCAUUCCCUACCUUUCAUCCGCGAAUUAG